AUGCUCUAUCAGUUUGUUUCGCUGCCGGUGCUCUUCGACCUGUGCUUUAUUCUACAUCUGGCAGAUGCGUUUGUCGAUGUGAGGCACCGUUUCGGACUUAAGGAGAUGCCGUCCAAAGUGAAGUACCAAAUUUUGGAGGAAUGCUAUCCAAUAUUCCUCAAAUUUUUCCAGGAACCCCGGCGCGCGGUCCGUUUUACUGAAAUCUUACGCUUUUACAAUGCAAAAACGUUCUAA